GAUUAAUUCCCCCCUCGUUUUCUAAAUUCUAACUGGAAGCAGUUCGUCGAGUUCUUUGGGACACGCCGAUUCCAAAACGGAGACAUUGCCGCCGAACGCUCGUCCAGUGCUUUUGGAAUCCUUGGCUUGAUUCGCUUUCAGCGAACUGUUUGAGCAAACUAUGGACGCCGAGUCUGCAGUGGAGUUUAGAGAACACGGCGACGAAGUGGCGGAGGAGGAGGAAGACUGGGAACAGACUAGCGGGCCGCCGCCGCCUCUGUUAAUUGCUCGCGGCGGACCUUUGUUUACGCCGAAUUUGGUCGGUCCCCUCACUCGAGUCCCCGAAUUCGAAGAUGCCAUUAUCAGCGAGCUCCAGCGGUUGAAGAACGAGUUAGAUUUUGAUUCUUCCGAGGCUUUCCAUGACGAUGAUAUCACGGUUGAUGACAUUAAAAUUCUAAGCACUGAGGAGUUGGUGGAGAUGGCAUUCGGGGAAGUUUUUAAAGAGGAUGAAGGGGAGAGCGUAAGUUCGUCGCAACGGUCUGAACCACAGCCGAAUGAAAGAGCGGAAAGUGAUCUUAGAGUGUCGAGUGGGGUGCAAACUCGGUCAAGAAGCUCCCAGAGAGGAGGUGGUACUUCAGCUUCUUUAGUAUCCAAUGUUGACAGUAGCGACACUAGGGAAGGUGACAAGAAGUCCAGGAAGAGAAAGAAAGACACGGUGAAGUCUCGUUGUGCAGAAGAGAGUUACCCUGCUAAAGUUGAUGAGCUACUGAAAAUAAAACAGAAGCAGGAUGAAGAAAAAGCAACCGCUAAAUUGCAUUCCCUUAGUGCUGGUCGCAAGUCCAACCAGAGUUCUAAUGCAUUGAUGGAGAGUGUCACAAGAAUGAAAUCUCUGAGAUCUGUCAACUCAGAUAUGAAGCUCAUGAGGACCUCAGAUAUUCAACCAGAAGUACCUGUGCAGCUGCCUGAGGUAAUCCUUGUUGUGGAGGUGUACCACAAUGUUAAUGAAUCGCAAAAGACGCAAGAGUUUUUGGUGCUUGGACGACAAUGUUUGACAGAACUAAAGGACAAGAUCGUUUGCAGGAAUGACGAGAUGAUGAGAAGGACGGAGCAUUAUGAUCCUUCAGGAUAUUUCCUUAUAGAGGAUUUGUUCUGCAAUGAUCUGAGGGAAGCCAUUUCAAUAGAUUACAGUGAGCCUAUAUUCGACUGGCUUAGGAACUCGAAAGAAGAGGUAAAUAAAAAAUGGGAGUACAUUAUAAGAGGAGACAUGAAACGCAAGCAAAAAGCUCUUUUGGAUAAGAUGCCACCUUCAAAAGUACCUGGAUUCCGACGCACCGAGAUGCAAUCCCUCCGUUUUUGUGAUUUAAGGUUUCGGCUAGGUGCUCCGUACCUAUACUGUCAUCAGGGAGAAUGCAAGCAUACAGUCGUGAUAAGAGACAUGAGGUUGAUUCAUCCUGAUGACACCCAGAAUCGAUCUGCUUAUCCAAUCGAGAGCUUUCGACUGAAAUCACGCCUGCAGAAAUGCAACGUCUGCAACAUAUUUAGAGCUAAAAAGAGAAGAAUAGAAGAUGCCUUGAUGACGUAAGCAGAAGCUACGGCCUACGGGACAAUGGAUAACUAACUAUGAAAAGCUGUUAUCUUUAACAACGUUAGCCACAUAUAUCCACUUUCUGUUUCACGUUUGGAUAGAAGCGAAAGAGAUACAGCAUCAUGGCCAUCGGUUCCACAGCCACAAUCGCUCCUCCGGCAGCAACAUUGACCUUCACGUUUUCCCACGGCGGGCCAUCUUCAGUACGUGCAGCAGCUCGGAGUUGCAGUUGGAACAGAAGUGUAAAUAGACGACGAACAGUGCGGGUGGAGAUGGCUUCCUUGAACCAUGGCAGUAAAGAAAGGCUCUACCUGGGUAUGGAUUUUGGAACUUCUGGUGCGAGAUAUGCUGUUGUAGACAAACAAGGGACGCUUCAUUCUGAAGGGAAAAGGGAAUACCCAAUUUACAAGGAAGAAUGAAGAAGAAACAAUGGAUUGGGUGCUUUCAUGGAGAACGACACUCUUCUCGCUCCUAGAAGAUGUUCCAAGUCAUCUCAGGUCGCUCGUUGCUUCUAUUUCCAUCGAUGGCACUUCAGCAACUACGAUCAUUGUGGACAGCAACACUGGAGAGCCGAUAUGGAGACCGUUCCUUUACAAUGAGAGCUGUCCUGAUGCUUUGCCGAUUGUGAAAUCCAUUGCUCCUCCAACUCAUACAGUCUGCUCUGGAUCGUCGACCUUGUGCAAGCUUGUCUCAUGGUGGAAUAUCGAUGGUCCGAGGAAGGAAUCUGCGUUGUUGCUCCACCAAGCAGAUUGGCUGUUGUGGCUUCUUCAUGGGAAGAUUGGAGUCACAGAUUACAACAAUGCUCUGAAGGUUGGCUAUGAUCCUGAGUCGGAAUCCUAUCCUCCAUGGCUUCUCAGUCAGCCGUAUGCGAAACUGUUGCCUUCUGUUUCAGCUCCUGGAGCUUCCAUUGGCCACUUGAAGGAUGAUAUCAGAACUCAAUUUGACUUCGAAUUGUGAAAGAGGAAGAACAGCUGCAGUAUACGGAUUUCCGUUGGUCAUUCCUUUAGUGCCCUAUUCCUUGUUGCAAAACUAUAGAAUAGGAUCCUGAAUGAAUCGACUCUGGAAAGACGUAGGUUAAGAAUGAGAUUCUGUGGUUCAGCCAGUAUGCUUACUUUCAGAGGAGGUUACUGCAGUGUAGUUGAGUUAUAAACUACUUUAGGCUUCAACCUCAGAACAGACCCAUUUCCUAGUAUUCUGACUUGUAAAUAUUUCCUCUUGCUUAUAUGGCAUUCUUCUGGUUCUGCAAUUAUGGCUGCCACGGUGAAAUCCAUUUGGUCGUGACAGGAUUUCCAGGGGAUUGUGUUGUAUGUGCCGGCACAACAGAUAGUAUAGCUGCUUUUCUUGCAGCACGGGCAACGGAACCAGGGAAAGCUGUUACUUCUCUGGGUUCAACUAUGGCUAUUAAGUUACUGAGCAAUACGAGGAUCGAGGAUGCACGGUUCGGUGUGUACAGCCAUCGCCUGGAUGACAAAUGGCUCGUUGGAGGUGCAUCAAAUACCGGUGGGGCUGUUCUCAGACAACUGUUCACUGAUGGGCAGCUAGAGGAAUUGAGCGAACAGAUAAAUCCUGCAGAAGCUUCUUCUCUCGAUUACUACCCACUCAAAGCUGUUGGUGAAAGGUUUCCCGUGGCUGAUCCUGGCAUGGCUCCGAGGCUGCAUCCGAGACCAGAAAGUGAUGUUGAGUAUUUGCAUGGCAUUCUAGAAUCCAUCGCACGAAUCGAGGCAAAAGCAUACAACUUGUUGAGAGACAUGGGAGCAAGUGGAGUUGAACAAGUGUUCACAGCAGGAGGCGGAGCGAAGAAUGAGAAGUGGAUGCAGAUCAGGGAGAGGGUAAUCGGCGUCCCUGUCAGCCGGGCGGUGCAGACUGAAGCUGCUUAUGGAGCUGCAUUGUUGGCCUUGAAGGGUUACCAGAACGCCGAGUAAAGCAAUGGACACCAACAGGUUUUCGCUUGAUACUAAAGAAUACUUGGAAUGGUUUGCAGCUAAUUUACAAACAAAUUCUGUUUUCAGGCUUCUUUUGUUUCUUCUUUCUUCUUAAUUCUUUUCUCUUUCUAUGAAUAUAUAUAUACUGGAUGGAUAGUUGGGUUAUUUAUGAAAUUGAGCUGAAACACACAUUGAUCAUAUUAGAAUUUCAGUAGGCUAACUCUCCCCUUUCUCUGAGAAUCUUGACCCCCUGAUAUCUACCAAGCAUCAAGAGAGUAGCCAUGGGAUUAGUCCCAGGCGACUCCAGAAAUGUCGAUCCAUCUACGACUCUCAACCCAUCAACUCCAUACACUCUGUAAUCCUCAUCAACAACCGAUCCAACACCACACCCGCCAUGGUAAUGGUAAAAGGUCCUCACAUUCUUCCUGCAGAACUCUCUCAUCUCCUCAUCAGAACUCGACAAGAAGAAGUUCUUGUUCUGAGGUACGUAGCCAAGGAAAAUCUCCACAGAAGGCGACCCAGCAACCCUUUUCAGCAACUGAGCCAUCUUCACACAUUGAUCCAUGUCUCUGUCCUUCUUCAGGUAAUUGAAUGACACCACAGGGUUUCUUCUCGGGUCUGUGGUGUUCAGUUCCAGCUUGCCUUUGGAUUCUGGGAAUGCUAGCUUCACUGCUACGGGGAUCCUUGUUGUGUUGAAGCUCACUGGCAAGAUCCCGCCUUCGACUAUGAAUUCGAAUCCUUUUGUUAUACCAGCAACUUGUGGUGCGUCGGGGAAUCGGCUUUCUGGUUUGGAGUCGACCAGGAGUGCGAUUCCAGGGUUGUCUUUCAUUCCGUGGCCAACCUGGCUCGAGUUCAACACGACUGGGAUGCCGAGUUGGCUGAGAUGGGUUUCGGGUCCAAUGCCGCUCAGCAGAAGGAUCUGUGGGCUGCCUAAAGCUCCAGCUGACAAUAUCACAUCGCCGCCAUGGUGGUUGAGAUAAGCUUCAUAAUCAUAAGUUUGGUUCCCGUCGCCACUGCUACUUAUGAAUGUAAUACCGCGAGCAAUUGUCUUGUUUCCAUCUCCACUGCUGUUGAAUAUGAUGCUCUUUACAGUUGCAUUCAACAGAACCGUGAUGUUUUCUGGGUUCCCCAUCUGCAGAAGAUCUGCAGAGGUAUGCCUUUUCCCCCAAGCAUCGAACGUGGACCCGCUGAUCUUCGUUCCUUCAACGUGCUCCCAGGUGAACCCAUUGUAAGGAAGAAUCCCAGCUUCAAGCAGUCCGAACUCGACAACAGCCUGCCACAUGGUCAGCUCCGGUUUCGAAACAACUUCAGAUUCCACCCAUUCAUAAGCUUCCUUCACCAUCUCUUCAUCCCAACCCACUCUUCUCACGAAAUCACCACUGGCCCUACUGUAGAACCCUCCAUUGAUAGCCGUCGAACCUCCCAGCACCCUUCCCCUGUGGCAUUGAACUCCAUCUUCGGUCACGAAUGCCUGAGCAACUGAUGUGAGCUCAUCGGUUUGGAGCAGCGAGAAGCCGUAGAAGAGCUUCUCGGUUAUCCACGGGUUGCCAUAUGGCGAGCCACCACGUUCCACGACGAGCACUGAGUACUUCUCGGAGAGGGUUGCAGCCAGGGGGCAGCCUGCAGUGCCUCCGCCUACCACGAUGUAGUCGUAGGACUUUCCUGCUAUCUCAGUUGCAUCUGAAGUCAUGUAAGGUUGGCUUGCUCUUUCAAUGUGAGCAGAAGACUGAGACAAGUGAAGAAGCAGCCACAAGGUCAGGUAAAAAGCUGCAAUGUGUUGUUGAAGUGCCAUGAUCUCUUGGGAUAUGAAUGUUUUUUUCUUGUUCUUGUCCUUGUCCUAAUGGUUAUUGUUGCUGCUUAAGAAGACAAGUGGGUUAGAUGGAAGUUGGAACAGAGGCUGUGGCCUACUCUGGUGUGGUUAAUGAUUGAGCAUGGAGGGUGUAGGGAAGUAGAUAGGAGAAGAAAUUUGGUCCAAAGUGUUUCCUUAGGCAGUAAUGUAGCAAUUUGUACGCAUGAUCUUGGCUAAUGAUGCAUUCUGAUGGUAUGCAUAAUGAUUCUGCU